CAUGCUCGCGGCGGUGGUCUGGGUUCGCAGGAGGGCAGCUUGACGACGCUCACUCAGUGCGACAGCACGCGCGACCUCGAACGGAUCAGCGCGGCUGAUCCUCGAUCGUUUCUCGCGCGGUGGAUCGUCGCUAGCGCGCGGCAAUGAGACGUUUCGUGCCCCCUGCUCCGCCUCAAGAUUCCUACGCUUUCUCUCGCCUGGGACGCGCCUCCAACGCAACGAUUUAGGAGAGGUUCUCGAGCCCUCGAGUCGACGAGGCAUCGUAUCGAAUCCAAACACGUUUGACACACGCGCGACCAACCUGGCAGAGGCGUUUCUCACUGCGAUGACUCCGGGGAUCCAGCAGGGAUCAGGAUUCCAUCAUCCCUGACCCGAAAUUGCCAGCAUCGCGAUCAGCAGCCGCCCGCCCAAUCGGUCGUCCAUCCUCGCCACUUGAAACCCUCCAUCUCGUCAAUCCUUUGCCUCUGUCGAUCCCGAAAUAAAUAUCCGUGCCUCGCCUCUAUAUAACCGACGGAUAGCUAGAAUUUCCAUUCGAAAAUGGACGACGACGACACGGAAGAGAAGCGAGAAUCCGUGACCCUGGUGAACAAGCUGUCUCACAAAGAGACGAAGACCAAAUUGCUGGUUUCAUCCUCGAGACUCGUGUCCAUGAGCUCGAAGCUCGAGACCAAGCAACGAAACUCGACGGAAAGCUCGGACACCAUGGAGUGCGCCUCUGAGAAUGAAGUGGAGAACAUACCCAAGGACGAGGAAGCGUCCGAGCCCGUGGUCACCGAUGAGAAAGGGAACAAAAUCUCCGGGGGGGAUCGCUUGGAAGAGGGUGAGACGCUGGUCACCAGUAGUCGCCAACACACCGUGACGAAGACCACCAGCCUAAAAGUGUGCGAGGAGGAGGCCAGGCAGGCCAGGUUCCCCGGGAUCAGGCUGGGCUUCUUCCAUCGAAGCCCUCAAUCCUCGUCCAGUCAGGAGGACUACGAGCCCGAGGUGAAGAGCCUGUCCAAACUGGAGAAGCAGCAGCCUCAACAGUCGCAACAGCAUCUGUUGACCGCCAGGGGUAGCAGUAGCCAGACAGCAAAGUCCAUGGAAAGUCUGAGAACGUCGAGGAACUUUCUGAGCGCGGACGAGCGCUACGUGGAUGACUCCAAGUCGUUGGAGUCGUUGUCAGAGUCUCACGUGGCCACCUCGAAAUCUCACUACAGAAGCUUUCUCACCUCGUCCAGCAGAGACGUGAGAAGGAUCGUGACCGUCGAGUCGAAAAGCAGCGACAAUCUCCACAGGGAGGAGAGCCUGAACGCCGAAGUUAGACGCGGCCUUUUCGCUAACACCGGGUUGGAGAGGAAGAUCCCUCAGAAUCUGAGCCUUCCACCUCCGUCAAAUGUGUUUUCGUUGACCAGCCCGGGUGGCAGUGACAGAAAGAUCACUAUCCUCAGCCCCCACUCGCCCCUCCAGACCACCGAAUUCCAGUUCUCGCAGACGUUGAAGACCAGGCGUAAGAAGGCCAUCGUCUUGCCGAGGUUGGUGUUGCCCAGAAGCGAAUCCGACGUGUUCUUCUCUGAUUUCGACGUGGAAAAUGGCGCCUCGACGUUGGACGGGGGUGCCGGAGGCGGUGGAGGCGCCUCGCCAAGUGCAGGCUUGGUGUUACAAACCCUGCCACAGAGGCGAGAGAGCUUCCUCUAUCGCAGUGAUAGCGACUUCGAGAUGUCGCCGAAAUCGAUGUCUCGAAACAGUUCGAUCGCCAGCGAGAGCCAUGGCGAGGACCUCAUCGUCACGCCGUUCGCGCAGAUCCUCGCCUCUCUGCGCUCGGUCAGGAACAACUUCCUGUCGCUUACUAAUGUGCCCACCAACAAAUCACGAAGGAGUAGCGGUGCACAGGGUAGCAGCACGCCGCAGCCACGGAUCUUGGCACCUGGAGAGGAAAACUACAUGAAAUUGGCGGUGGAGACGAUGGAGGAGCUGGACUGGUGCCUGGACCAACUGGAAACCAUUCAGACUCAUCGAUCCGUGUCCGACAUGGCCUCUCUGAAGUUCAAGCGUAUGCUGAACAAAGAGCUGUCCCACUUCUCAGAAUCCUCAAAAUCCGGCAACCAGAUAUCGGAAUACAUAUGCAGUACCUUCCUUGGUAAGUUUGUCAAAAUCUCGUCUAUACCGCUUUUGUAUGCUAAUAAAGGCGCUUCCUCGUCCGAUGCAGCCGGCAAGUUAAACGCGCCUAAGCUUCUCUCAGACAUCGACAAAUGGGGCAUCGAUAUCUUCAGGAUAGGCGAAUUAAGCAACAACAGACCGCUGACCUGCGUCGCCUACACAGCCUUUCAGACCCGGGAUUUGCUCAAAUCGCUGGCCAUACCACCCAAGACCUUUGUGACCUUCAUGAUGACCCUCGAGGAUCACUACGUCAAAGACAAUCCCUUCCACAAUAGCCUGCAUGCCGCCGAUGUGACCCAAUCUACCCACACUCUGCUCAACACACCCGCGCUCGAGUCUGUGUUCACGCCGUUGGAAAUCACAGCCGCUCUAUUUGCAGCCACCAUUCACGACGUGGACCAUCCCGGACUCACCAACCAGUUCCUUAUAAAUUCGAGCUCCGAGCUCGCCCUAAUGUACAAUGACGAGUCUGUUCUGGAGAACCACCACCUGGCAGUGGCGUUUAAGUUACUUCAGAAUGAAGGCUGCGACAUUUUCGUCAACAUGACGAAGAAGCAACGCCAGACACUUAGGAAGAUGGUCAUCGACAUGGUCCUAUCUACAGAUAUGUCUAAGCACAUGUCUCUGUUGGCCGACCUCAAGACUAUGGUGGAAACGAAGAAGGUGGCUGGUUCUGGCGUGCUUUUGUUAGACAAUUACACCGACCGAAUUCAGGUCCUGGAGAACCUGGUGCACUGCGCCGACCUGUCCAAUCCUACGAAACCUUUGCCACUCUAUCGACGAUGGGUGGGUCUGUUGAUGGAGGAAUUCUUCCUUCAAGGAGAUCGGGAACGGGAGCAGAACAUGGAUAUAAGCCCCAUGUGUGACAGGCACAGCGCCACUAUCGAGAAGUCGCAGGUCGGCUUCAUAGAUUAUAUCGUACAUCCUCUCUGGGAAACCUGGGCUGACCUGGUACACCCAGACGCUCAGGAUAUCCUAGAUACGUUAGAGGAGAAUCGAGACUGGUAUCAAUCUAUGAUUCCUCCGUCGCCACCGUCUGAUGAUCAACAGCAACAGCAGCAAGGGAACGAGCAGCAAUCUGAUAGAAUACACUUCCAGGUGACACUGGAAGAAGGCGACGAGACAGGUGAAACGACGGAAAUCGGGGAUACGGGUGGAGCGGCGAGAACGAUCCUACCAAGCGAGGAAGGGGGCGGUGAGACGGAUGAGAACGCAGCAGAGGCUGGGAUGUGACGGAGGCUCGCGGGUAUUUGCAGAAAGCUCCACGAGAAGGUGCAGCAGACCUGGUGGCGUGUGCGUCAGUGACAGUUAAUUCGCUGCCGCUGGCCAGGUCUCUUUGUGUCGACCUAUUGACCUUUUGGCCAAGCUCCACUCCCCGGAACGGUGGAAGAUGUCUCGUCUCGGAACGAAGGACGGAAAAAGAGAGUGAUGAAGGAGUCAGCCAGUCAAACAGAAAUGUAACUGAAUGGAACGUCUAGUCGCCGCUAGUUCAGACCUGGAAUAAAUGGGAAGGUCUUUUCUGACGCGUUUUCAUCAACAAGCGGAAAAUCAGCUCGGAGGAGAAAGUCCAGAAGAAGAAGGGCUGCCCAUUGACGCGAUCGUUCGCUCCAAAGCUGACGCGGGCCUCAGCAACGAGCGGCGAUUAUUUAAUCGCUGCGUCUCGGCUGGUUCGAGGCGUAACGAUAGCGUCUGCAAUGGACCAUCCUCGACGGACAGUGAAAGGAGCAUCGUCGUUGUUACCAUUGUCGCUUCUCUCCCACCCACUUGUUGUCGUUCGAUCGCCCCCAGAUUGGCGCGUCCCUGGCUCGAAUGGAGGGCACGAAUCUCUUCACCAAGUACCUGUAUAUUACCCAGGCGGACCUGUAAAGAUGAUCGUCUUUGCACGGUCUUCCUUAAAUUACUAUAAUAUAGAAU